AUGUUGGACGAGGAAGACGAGUUGGACGAGGAAGACGAGUUGGACGAGGAAGACGAGUUGGACGAGGAAGACGAGUUGGACGAGGAAGACGAGUUGGACGAGGAGGAUAGCACUAUGGAGCCGCUAGCCUACUCCGAUGAAGGCUAUAAUUUGACUGCAAAUCCUCGCGCUCUUCCAGAGACCACUCGAAACACUAUAUGCUCUCGACUAUACGUAGAGAUUCUGAGGCAAACGCAAGACAAUGAUACGGACUACGUCAAGGAAAAUGCUUCCAACCAUGCUGUCUUUAAGUUAAUAUUCCAGAAGCCUGACGGCGAGUUUUACGGCCUUCGGUUGGAAAUGACUGUUGAAUACGACUACGGAAGCAAACCGGAGUUUAUUGACGGUAAAUUUGUACAAUGCAAAUCCGGCUAUCUUAAGGCCAACCCAGCUUUGGCGUCAACCGCUUCCGGUCGGUCUAAUUGGACAUGCGAGUUGAGCAUAAGGCAAGGCUGGACCGUUGAUCAUAUCACCGGCACGCUUAUUCAAGCUGGAAUGCAUGUUUUCGAUUUCAUCACUCAAGGUGAUUCGUACUUUGGGUGCCGUGAUUUCGUGUCCCAGGCCAUUUUCCUCUUCCGCCGCCAGCACUUCAUUGAGUCUGAUGACAUUUCAGUCAUUCUCGCUGGUCCAAAAUUACCAUUAUCCAAUAUCUAUGAUGCACUGGGAUUGCACUUCACGCAUAGUGGCGAGGUAAAGGUGCGCCUCAUUGACGCAGGGCGUUUCCGAUACUUUCCACGCGCGAAGUUGCCAGAAAUGCCGUAUAAAGACUCCGAUAGAGCUGCUGCCCUCGGACGGAUAGUUGAAGAGGUCAAUAAUCCUCGAGUGGACAAGGUAUGUGGAGAGAGUGUCUAG